GACCCGCAGAACUGGGAAACGCUUGGCAAUGGCUACAUGGGCGAUUUCUUCGUGAACAUGCGGCCUCCAAGCCACAUCGACCGGGCGCUCGUUGCUUACAGCAAGGCGGAAGACGGAUAUUCAAAACUCGGCCGUGGGUGCCCAACGCUGCACUUGAAUCGGGGCAUGGCCGCGAAGUACGUGGAGGACUACAGCUUGGCCCUCCGCUCCUUCCGCAAGGCGCACGCGAUCGGCGCCGCCAGCGCCGCCGGCGAGGAGCAGAAGCUGCUGGACCUGAUCGAGCGCUUGUCCGGCUCGGUAGGCCGCAAGAACGACCUGAAGGUCAAGCACCUCAGGGAGCUAACCGCGAACUUCGAGGCAGGCUCGGAGAGUCGCUCGCUCAAGGAGCUCAUGGCCGGCGAGGGCCAGGACUCCGCUCCGCUGGUGGCACGGGUCGUAAAGUUCAUCAACCGCAACGAGGAGCUGCCAGUGAUCAUCGUCUGCUGCGAUGCCAGGGGGGAGUUUUUCGCCCUGUCCAUCUACAGCGCUCAGCCUGCCAAGGUGGCCGAGGAGAUCAUCACGAUGAAGAGCCUGCUGCGCGUGCAGCAGCCGAAGGUGCGGCAGAUCUCCGUGCCCGGGCCCAGCGGCAAGGGCUGGACCUACGCAAGCGUCCGCGUUUCGAACCCUGGCGACGUGACCGUCGUCGGCAGCGGCUCGCUCGCGCACGCGGCGGCGCAGUCCGUCUUCUCUGCCGGCGCCGAGCGGGUGGAGGUCGAG